CUCGGACGCGGCAAUGCGUAGAAAGAUGACGAUGAUCGGCAUUCAUUUUUCAUAUAGUUAGCCGGCUAGAAGCAUGCAUGUGCUAUUUUUAAUUUAUUAUAUUUAAUAAUUAUAAUAUAAGGACAAGGAAAAUAAAAAUUUCCAAUUAACUCAAUUUUAGUGCGGGUUCAUAUGUCUAAUUAAUUAAUUAACCAGCAUGAAUUUUAUUAAUCCUAAUGUCGAGCAAAAAAAAGAAAUUUCCCCCAGUAAAUUGAGGGAUUUCAGUAAAAUAUCCAUCAAUGGAGUUUUAAUAAGGACAUUUCUUUUAAUUACGUGCGUUAAAUUGCUGCUGAUACCCACCUAUCAUUCGACAGACUUUGAAGUUCAUCGAAAUUGGCUAGCAAUAACGCACAGUUUGCCAAUAAAUGAAUGGUACACAAGCGAAAUAUCGCAAUGGACUUUGGACUAUCCGCCUUUUUUCGCCUGGUUUGAAUAUUUUCUCUCGUUAUUUGCACAGUUCUUUGAUAUUAACAUGCUAAAUGUUAAAAAUCUAAAUUACGCUUCCUUCAAUACUAAAGUAUUUCAACGUUCGACUGUUAUUGUAGCAGACAUCGUAUUUUUAUAUGGCAUAAAAAAGAUUGGAACUGCGUGUACACGUACGACUGAGGACUAUAUUAUUUUUAUAUUUUUAUCUCUUACUAAUAUUGGUCUCUGUAUUGUUGAUCACAUUCAUUUUCAAUAUAAUGGAUUUCUUCUGGGUAUUUUAUUAAUUUCUAUUGCUGGAACUUUCGACACUUUAAAAAAGAGAAACGUUCUACAGGGUGCAACGUGGUUUUCAAUUCUAGUGAAUUUGAAACAUAUUUAUGUAUACGUAGCACCUGCUUAUGUUGUAUGGCUGUUUAAAUGGUGCUUGAAAAGACAACAUUUUUUAAAGAGAUUUUUACAACUUAAUGUUAUUGUUUCGUCAGCUCUUUUUAUUUCCUUCUGGCCUUUUAAAUCUCAACUUUCUCAGGUUUUCUCACGUUUAUUUCCAUUUAAACGAGGACUGCUUCACGCCUAUUGGGCUGCCAAUUUUUGGGCUUUAUAUGCAGGUUUUGAUAAAAUUUUAGUGGUUUUAUGGAAAUAUCUUGGCUUACAUGUCGAGGAGAAUUCGGCAAGAUUAACAGGUGGUCUCGUUCAGGAACAAUCUUUUCUUGUGCUUCCUACGCCGCUUCCAAUUACAACAUUUGCCACCACAAUUCUAUUCAUGAUGCCAGCAUUAAUAAAACUCGCAUUUAAAAAUGAAUUCGGUGGAAUUUCCUUCAUAAGAUGUGUCGUCAUCUGUGGAUUAUCUUCGUUUAUGUUUGGAUACCAUGUUCAUGAGAAAGCUAUUCUUACAGCGAUUAUUGCAUUGAGUGUACUCUCGGUAAUACAUAAAAAUGAUGCAAGAGUAUUUAUAAUUCUUUCCUUAACGGGAAGUGCAUCACUUUUUCCUCUUCUCUAUCCAAAGGAUUUACUUCCCUUAAAAUUUUUAUUUUUUACAUUCUACGCCGUUUGUACCAGUACAUUAUUAAUUCAACGAUUUAAAAAAAAUAUUCUUCUUCUACACGAAUGGCUUUACAUUGCGGGUCUUCCAUUAAUAAUUGUAUAUGAAUCAAUUUUACAUCAAUUUUUAUUCAAUGAAAAAUUACCAUUUUUACCAUUGGCCAUAACAUCAUUGUACUGUUCUCUUGGCGUAACGUAUUCAUUUUUUCUGUAUUACUUUAUGUACUAUUUUGAAUAUAAAUAAAUAAGAAGCAAUUUUUUUCACUUUA